GGGUACAAAGCGACGUGUCAAACUCAAAUGUAAACAGCUUGACUGGGCGUCCCGAGCCUGCGAGGGUCGGCGGCCACUCAGGCCACACUUGCAGCAACUUGUAGCACAUAUGGAGGAGGAGCAGGUGCUGAGCUGGCUGUAUGAAUACGGCAUUAAACGAGGCUACACUGGCCUCUGCUCAAAGAUUGAGAUAGAAUUUAAGAGGAAGGAAAGAGAACCUGACAUUCCAGCAUUGGGAUAUAUGUUGUGCAUCAGACGUCUUCAAAUACUUCUAAGGAAUAAUAACGUUAUUGAUAAAAACAAUCUUCACACAUUAGGAAAACUGUUGGGCGAUAUUCUGCAGUAUAAGCCAUUCCACCUCUGCCGAGAAUUUCAUAGAGCAGUGAUAAAACUGUAUAUAGUAACCAAGUUACUGUAUGUGGAUUGUGAAGAGCUUCAACAUGAUACUGUGCUGGAUAAUCUGCCAUAUUUUAAUUGGAGUGAAAUCAAACAACAAUUUAAUUACCAGGAUGAAUACUUCAGUGAUUUUCACUCCAAACUGAUCAAAGCUGCUCAUGAAAGUAUAGAAGCAAGUGUGAGUAUACAGGCAAGUAGCCCCAUGCACCUUGCAAAAGAAUUGCGUCUUGAGGCAGAAAAGUGCCUACGAGUUGAACUCCCUAAACUUCAAAAUCUCUUGAUGGAUCUUAUACCGACUACCUCAUUAGAAAGGCUGAUUGGCAACAGAGAUGUUCAAGAAUAUUUUACUGGACAGAAAGCACCUGAAUUUAAAAUUCUCCUGAAAACCUUAGGACAAAACAUCACUGAACCUUCUUUAAAUAGAGUUAUGGAAACAUUUAACAGAGUGAGAUCACAAGGAGGACGAACUGAACAGCUUCAGGAUUUAAAUGCAUUAGAAAUGAGCCAUAAUAAUAUCGCCAUUAAAGAUGGCUGCAAGUUGAAGAACCACUUUCAUCAAGGUGGUGAUACACAAAGCAAGUUGGCAGGCACAGAAAUUGAAUCUACAUCCAGCGGUAAAACAAUUAAUACAAGUGUCGACUUAAUUAUAUUGAAUGGAAAAAUAUGGAAUGUAAAGAGAGGAAAUGUAACCUCAAAACUUGUGUAUAAAAUUGGUGAUCCAAGAAAAAAUCAAGAUGUCCCUUCAGUGGACAUGAGUUCAGAUAAUAAACACGUAUCUAAACCACUUAAUGACAUUCAUCUCAUAAUUCAUAAUUCUAAACGGUAUGAAUGUGUUUCUAAAAUAUGUCCUCAAGUUGUGCAGAAACCUAAAAGCUCUGAACAUUUAAUGGUCUGUCAAACUAAAACUUAUUUAAUGAGAAAUAAUUUGAAUAACUUUGAACUUAAAAGAUUAGAGAAAACCAUUAAAACUCUAGAAACUUAUCUUACCUUAUUAAAGGCAAAGUUUGAGAAAGAGAAAAUAAAUGCUGGUCUACAAAGUUACAGAGAUGAUGACAAUAGUUCUGGUACUAGAGGUGGAAAUCUGCCAAAUCACGAUCUUCCAAGUACCAGUGCAAUUCAAGAGUUAACACAUCAGAAUGAUCAUGGAGAGGGCAGUCAUCAGAUCCAAGGUCAAUCUACCGGGGAAGAUGCUUUACAGCUUACACAAACACCUCGGACUUCCAGUCCCCAAAAUAUAGUCUGCUUGAAAACAAAUAUAUCUUAUACUCCUAAUUAUGAAAAACAUACAAGUGAUGAGAAAGAAAAAUGGCAAAGCCACCAAAAUAAGUAUAAUACAAGUCUGUAUGCUGACGAGUGCGACGAAAGUACUCCUGCUUUACGUUUGAGCCUUACUUCAUCCCCAGAAUUAGAAAUGAUACCUGAAUCUCCAGAUAAUCAUGAAAUAAAUGUCAGUAAAAGAUUUAAAAGUGGAUCAAGAGAGGUGUGCCAAAGUGAACCACAGUGUAUGGAAAGAUCCAGAAAUAAUGAAGAAAAUAAACUCUCAGAACUCAAUGUACCUUAUCAGAACUCUGAGGUUAUUGAAAAUAGCAACUCUCCUUCAGUACAUUCUGCAGAUUUGAACUUGGAAGAUUUCUUUCAAAGCACGGAUAAGGAAGAUGGUAAUAGUACCAUAAAACAUAUAGCUAUUGCUCCAUGUGCAAGCACAUCAACAUCUCCAGUCAGUGUAAACACAGCUUCACGCAAGAGUAGAAUGAAGCGGAAAAACACUGAGAGUCGCAGCAAUAGUAGUGAAGAGUUUGUUGAGGUGUCUCCAAACAAGAAAAGGACGAGAGGAGAUCUGAGAAAGCGGCAAGAAGCAGAAGGUGCUUAUGAACCAAGUUUACCAAAAGCUAAACGUUCAAAAACAAAGCAUGUCUCCGAGAAAAGAGAAUCGGCGAGAUUAAAAAGCUUAAAAGAAUCUAAGUCGGAAACUAUGGUGUCCUCCAAUUGUACAGUAUUAAGUGUGGAUUUAUCUAAUGGGAUGGAGGAUAAAAUCUUUGUCACACUGUUAAAUAGUCAAGAACCAGAGUCAGGAAACUUUGUCACACCGGUAAAUAGUCCAGAGAUAAAGUCGGGUAACUUUGUCACACCAGUAAAUAGUCCAGAGGAAAAGUUAGGGCCUCCAUGCUCUAUUUCCAAUGACAAUAUAAACUGUUCAGAUUCAGAGUCAUGGAAAUCAGCAAGGAAUGAUUCUCAUUCUUCCCAUGAGAUGAUAUAAAUAUUUGAGAUUACAUUGAUGGAAUAUACCAAUGGGAAGAUAAAAUGUAACCAAUUUAUGUUAGCCAUCUUAUACUAAGCGGUACAUGACCAUUAGCAUGUGUUUUUUACACUUUAAAAUCCUCUUUAGCCAACUAUUGAAGACUUAAAAAAAACAAAAUUUAUUGCAUGUGCCUCUUUUCUUUUUUCCUUCAAUAAUUUUAUACACAUUUUUGUUUAUCAGUGCAACUCGGUAUCAACUGAUAUUAUGUGAUAGUUAAACUAUCGAGUAGGAUUCUUCGGUGACUAUUUCAAAAUCUUUCUUCUGUCCGAGAAACAAGCUAAACAGUGGCAGAAAAAAAAAAAGAUAGUUAAUUAUACAGUUUGUAUCAAUAAGUUAGCUUUCAAAAAUAUUAAAAAAAAAUUUAUUAAGUAUUUAUAAAACUCAAAUACGGCAGCAAAAUAAAAUAAAUACCUGUACUGUAUAAUACUUUAAUAUCGAUUCCAAUACAGUACAACCUUUCACAUGGAAGAGCAUAGCAGUUUUACUAUUGUAAAGAAAUACAGUAUAAACUGACUACAUUCUGAUAUGCAGGUAUUUUUCAGAGUUGAUUUGAUAGAUAGUUGAUUUGCCCAGUCAGAAAAAGAGCUUUAAAAAAUACAACUUGAUACAUUCAAAUUUUUUUUCCCCCCUAUGCUCAAUUUCUCAAUACUGUACCUGCUCGAGGCAUCAUAUAUUUCCACCACUUAAUUGAUCUUUAUGCAGAAAUGAUUGUACAGUAUUUAUACAGUUUUUCUAGGAAUAAAAUACAUAAAAGCAACAUUAUCCAUUUAUGACCAUGGUAAACCGUGUAGCAGCUGUACUGGAUACUACAGUAUUAAACACACAAACUGCUAUCGCUUUUCAGAAUGUGUUAGAAUGUUCCUUUUAUACAGUUAAUUUAUUACAGUAUUACAUUGUAUAUAUUGUGAUAUACUGUACUCUUAAAUAUUUAUUUAAAUAUGAUUUGAUUAAGAAAACUAUGUACAGUACAGUAUUCCCAGCCCAUACUCUUGAAAUGCCAAUAAAUAAAUAUUUAUACCAACUAUAUGGUUGAGAGUACCAAUAUAUCCAUUACUGAUGACCCAAAAACAAAGUCUACAUUUUGUAUUAUUCAACAAGUUCAAAUGCCAUUCCAGAAAAUUAGAAAUGUACCUAAAGAACUUAGCCUAAUAUGUUCAAGCAAUUCUAGGUCUAAUAUAUGCAAUCUUAGGCGUGAUAUAGUACAUACAUGUGCUAUUCUAGGCCUAGGAAUGCUUAAAUUGGGUGUUUAACUAUUUUUUCAUGACCUACAAAUUUAAUAGUACAAAACGUGAACUUUCUUUGGGUCUAACGGUACAUAUUGGUACUCUUGACCAAAUACUUGCUAUAAGUACAUACGGUACUGUCAUUUUAUGAGGAUGGGUAGACAUUCCAAUACAACAGUUAUCACACUAUGUGUGAUAUAACAAACAAAAAAGACUGGGUCUUUCAAAUGUUUUUAAAAGCCACACAAGACUCUCCACGAGUUGGAACGUAUCAAGAGUACUCUAUAUCAUUAAGAUAUAGUAUUCCCUCAAGAUUGUGUAUUACAGUAUUUGUAAAGAAUGUUUUUUUCUAAAAAUCUAAUUCAGUAUUUAAUGUUAAUACUACAGUAUAUGUACCCUUUUACAGGUUAAUUAGCAAAACUUAUUAUUUGAAUACAAUAUAUCUUUUUCAGUUUUAAUUUGAAUCAAUGUUGAAUAUUAUUUGUUUAAAAAAUAUAAACUGCUCUAUCCUUAUGUAAUAAAAAAAAUUAUCACAGAAUUGUACAGAAAUCUUGUUUAAUUAUUCUGUUAAUUCUAAACUGUAUAAAUAUAAAAAUAUUGAAUGCUUACCAUUAGAGGAAGUGUAAAUAAGUCAAAAUUAAAAUGUUCAAUUUAAGGAAGUAAGAGAUUUAGAUUAGUGGUGUGGUUUAGAACGACCCAUAUCCUUAGGAUACAGACACUCCAGUUUCUUACACACCUCUCUUAACCAUCCGAAGUUUGUCAGAGCUCCAUUACUGUCACGACACAAGACAAUGUAUUGCCACAGUCUGGGAGAGAUCUUUUGCAUCACUCGCUGUGCUACAAAACACACGACCAGCAAGACACCCCGACCUUAGCCUCUGAUAAUUAACUAUAAGUGUAGAUGAAUAAAACUGAACAGCAUUACUAGAUGACUGAUGAAAAUAAAAAUGGCUUCCUUUAACCACUGCACUGCACAAAGUGCCAUUAGAAACUGAGAGUUGUGCUAUUUUUUUUAAUUAGGCUAUAUUUUAAUGUUUUUUAAUGUUCUCAUUACUCGUUGUGUUUUGAAAUGGAAAUAGUUGAGUUUGGAAACAUUUUGACAUUAACUUAACCUGAAUAUUUAUAAAAAUUACAAAAAUACAUCUUUGACAAUUACACUAAGAAGUUUUUGCCAAAAUCAGAUGUGCAGUGCAGUGGUUAAGCAUCCUCAAGUCACCAUUAUUAUUUUAUUUACUACAUUCAUGGGGUGGGGAGGCAUUAGCCAAAACAAAAGAAAUGGGAAAAGUAAAAGUUAAAAUAAUCAAAAUUAAUGAAUUGCAUUCAUCCAUUUACUGUAUUCUGCACACUACACAGCAUCGGGGAAACCACCAUGACCAUUCACUAGAAAGUCUUCAUUCAUAACCCUAUCGUGCCACUAAUGUUAUGAAACAUGCCUUGCAGGACAUAGUGAUGUAUUAUCUUAUAUUGAGAGAAUGAGCAGCUCUCAUAAAUUCUUUGUAAGUACCUUUUGUCUAUGUACUACAGUAUACAGUAGUACUGUAAUUUUAUUAACAAAGAGAAGAUCAAAUUUAAAUACAGUAACUUUUAGUUGUGAGCUCAUCCAUUUAGAUAAUUGUUCCUUGUAAAAAUAAAAUUGCAUAUGUACUGAGUAUUAAUUCUAAUAUUGUGCUAUACCUGUACAGUAUUUACAAGUACAAUAUCUUAUAUAUAAAUAUAUAAUUCAUAAAUAAUUACAA